UGAACAGUCUCACUGUAUUUCUUUGUUUUCUUUCUAUCUUCUAUUAUAUCUUCAUUCACAACCCAAACAUCACAAUGUUCAAAUUGUUAGGAACCCUCCCCAAUCAUCCGUUUCUAAACUUUAUUAAAUUUACUAUGAUUGACUUUCUGCUGAAUUGCAUGCGAACUACAAGGUAUAAUGAUAACGAUGAAAGGACAGCGUAUUGUGAGAUUUUUAUACCGAUAUUCAAAGCUUUUGGAAACACCACUCAAAAACUCGAAUACACUUGGUGCGAAAAAAAAGCAAAAGAUUCGGAUUAUAUCUGGCUUGCCACAAAUAACUUUACUUUAUAUUUAUAAUGUAUAGUGCUAUAAGUGAUUAUUCAUUUAUAAGAUGAAAAACUAUUUAUUAUAUUUUGUAUUGAAAGUGCUCAGAUUACCACAGGAUGCUCACAGAAACGCUGUUGCUGUCCGUG